AUGACCAAAGGGUUGGCCGUGGACCGUGGUGUCACCAGAAUUCCAGUCGACGCACCGCUCACACAAUUCCGUUAUUUUUCUGCCGCGCUGUAUUCUGGAAUGCGAAGAGAUGUGCGCAUACUACUCGUAGGCGAUGAGAGUGUUGGCAAGAGCACCAUCGUGACUUCUCUCAUCAAAGAGUCCUUCGUGUCACAUGUUCAGCACAUCGUCCCCGAAGUCACAAUUCCGCCAGAGGUUACACCAGAAAAUGUUACAACGUACAUUGUGGAUUCCGGAGCCGGACCAUCGGACAAGCCUCACCUCGAGUCAGAAAUACGGAAAGCUCAUGUCAUUUGCGUCGUUUAUUCAAUCGACAACCCUAACUCAUUCGAUCGCAUUCCAACAUACUGGUUGCCUCAUUUCAAGCAGUUGGGUGUAAAUGUACCCGUUAUCCUCGUUGGGAACAAGAUAGACUUACGAGGCGGCGAGGUCACCAAUGAGGCAUUGGAGGCUGAGAUUCUUCCAAUCAUGAACGAAUUCAAGGAAGUAGAGACAUGCGUAGAGUGUUCGGCCAAGAUGCCCCUGAACGUGUCCGAGGUCUUCUACUUCGCUCAGAAGGCCGUCCUCCAUCCAACUGCCCCCCUCUAUGACUCUAGAGAGCAUGUCCUUAAACCCGCCUGUGUCAACGCCCUCAAACGUAUCUUCAAGCUAUGCGACACGAACAAGGAUGGAAUUCUAGACGCGGCUGAGCUUAAUGAGUUUCAAAGAAAAUGCUUUGACGCCCCACUUCAGUCACAGGAGCUUGAAGGUAUUAAAGAGAUGGUUCGAGAACACGCUGAAGGUGGGGUUCGAGAUGGAGGGUUGACGGAAGCUGGGUUUUUGUACCUCCACACAACUUUCAUCCAGCGCGGGCGGUUAGAAACGACAUGGACUGUCCUUCGGAAGUUCGGGUAUGGGGAAGAUCUCCGCUUGGCCGAAUCCUUUCUUUUCCCCAAAUUCGAAGUACCAUAUGAUUGCUCAGUCGAGUUAAGCCCACUGGGAUAUCAGUUUUUCACUGAUAUAUUUGAAGUCUUCGAUAAAGAUCAGGACGGGGCUUUGAAACCUGAAGAGCUUAACGACUUGCUGAGCACCUCCCCGGGGAACCCAUGGGCCACACAGAAGUUCCCGGACACAACACUCUCGGACGAUGCUGGAGCCGUUACACUGCAGGGAUGGUUAGCACAAUGGAGCAUGACUACUCUAUUAGAUCAUAAAACGACCCUUGCAUAUCUCGCAUACUUGGGCUACCCCAACGAACCACGCACAGGUGCUAUGCAGGUGACUCGACCACGGAAGACUGACAGAAGGAAAGGAAAAUCCGCACGGAACGUGUUCCUCUGUUACGUAUGCGGAGCAGCCGGUUCGGGGAAAACAUCUCUCCUACGAGCGUUCGCUGGGAAGGGGUUCACGGGCCUUUAUGAGCCCACGAACAGAGUGAUAAGUGUCGUCAACUCGGUUGAAAUAGAUGGGUCACAAAAGUACUUGGUGCUGCAAGAAUUCGGCUCUAGGUAUGAGGCGGAGACGUUGCGUAACCAGAAGAAAACCGAUCUUGCCGACGUCAUUGUCUAUGUCCACGACUCGAGCGACACCAAUUCGUUUUCAUAUAUCAGUAAUCUUCGUCAACAGUAUAGUCUUGAUCAUAUUCCUACUCUAUUUGUCGCCACCAAAUCAGAUCUUGACCUCGCGUUGCAGAGACACGAAGUCCAGCCCGAUGUAUAUUGCCGCCGAUUAGGCCUGCAGGUUCCUGUUGCCGUCAGCGUGAAGACAGGCCAGAUGGCGGAUGUAUUCCACGCGAUUUGCAGCAUUGCAAUGAGCCCCAAUUCGUCAAUUCCCGGUGGUGCCGAUCGGGCGAUGUCUGCGUCCGCCAGAUUGCGGACGUAUGUCAAGCUAACUGCUCUUGUUGGAGGGUGCACUGCUGGAUUGUUUAUGCUCUACCGUACAUUCAUACGCCCUGGACCUCCUGGGUCGUUUAAUUGGGCCACGCCAUGGCUGGGGUGGAUAUUUAGCGGGCGCAAGUAG